AUGUAUGGAUCUGAUGAUAAUCCAUCUUCGACGGGUCCUGAUAAUCAGUCCAAGAAAAAAAGUGAUGAUGAUGAUGCAUUUGAUCUCGAUGAUUUAUUACCAAUUGUCGGAGAAUUCGGUCACUACCAGAAGAAAUUACUUUGGUUGGUUUGUUUACCCGCAUGUUUGCCAUGCGGUUUUUGUGCUUUUAAUCAGCUCUUUAUGGCAUCAACACCCCCUCACUGGUGCCGUGUCCCGGGUCUUGAUGCUCUGGACCCUUCACGUCGACAAAGACUCGCGAUACCGGCUACUCAUCAGGACGCCAAUGAGACAGUGUACAGUCAGUGCACGAGGUAUGAUGUCAAUUGGUCAGAUCCUAUCGUCGACUUUAUGUAUAUCGAUGGCAACAUGACCAACACUUCCUGGCCAAUUGUACCUUGCGAUCAUGGAUGGGAGUACGAUAUGUCUGAAAUAGUAUCAUCUAUUGUCAUUGAUUUUGACUUGGUCUGUGACAAAGAUAUUUAUCCAACACUUGGACUGGUGGCUCUUAAUACGGGUGGUCCUAUUGGAGUUUAUCUCUUUGGUACUUUAAAUGACAGAAUUGGAAGAAGACUAUCAUUUUUUUCAUGUUUGGCUACACUUAUUACUGGAGGUAUUCUUACAUCAGUAUCCAAUAGUUUUUGGACAUGGGCUGCGUGUCGAGUUGUCGUGGGACUUACGAUACCAGCAAUAUAUCAAAUACCUUUUAUUAUCUCUUUAGAACUUGUCGGCCCUAACUACCGAUCAUUCGUCACAGUAAUGACCUGUUCAUUUUACACAAUGGGACUGUGUAUGUUAGCUGGUGUAACUUAUUUGAUACCACAAUGGAGACUAUUAGCACUUAUUACCAGUACACCUUUUCUCGCUUACUUUUUUUACUGGUGGUUUUUACCUGAAUCACCCCGAUGGCUUUUAGCCAAAGGACGAUUGAGUGAAGCGAGUGAUAUUCUGCAGACUCUAGCAAAAGUUAACGGUAAAGAGUUACCAGAAUCAUUCACCCAAAAAUUGAAACAACGAAUGACAAUGUCGAGAAGUAAAAGUGAAGAAGAAAGAUUACGAAGUGGACCUGGUGUUUUAUCGUUAUUUAAAACACCAAAUAUGCGUUUGAAAACUUGUUUAAUUACUCUUAAUUGGUUUGCUAAUAAUAUGGUCUAUGUAGGAUUGUCUUAUUAUGGUCCAGCUCUUGGUAAUGAAGAGCAUUUGAGUUUUUUCUUUUCAUCAUUAGCAGAGAUACCAAGUUAUCUCGCGUGUUGGGUUGCGAUGGAUCGAUGGGGUCGAAGGUGGCCUUUGUGUCUUUGCAUGGUCACUGCUGGAUUGUCUUGUGUUGCAACUGUACUUUUACCAUCUGAUGCUGUAAUUACUACAUUAGUUUUAUUCCUACUAUCAAAAUCAGCAAUAUCUGCAUCUUUCUUAAUAAUAUAUCCAUUCGCUGGCGAAUUAUAUCCAACACAAUUGCGAGGUGUUGCUAUAGGAUUUUCAGCGUACAUCAGUGGAUUGGGAUUAAUUAUAAUCCCAUUUAUUACAUACUUGGGUAGAGAUAAUUUGGUAUUACCUCUUGUAAUACUUGGGGUAGUUUCCGUAAUUGGAGGAUUGUCUGGAUUACGAUUACCAGAAACGCUACAUCAUCGACUGCCACAGACUGUAGAGGAAGGAGAGCUCUUCGGAAAGGAUUGGAAAUGUGCUGACUGUCUUCACUGUGUGCCCAUCAAACCUUCCUCAGCGACGACGUCAUACGAAGAUCUCUCAGUUGGUGAGACAGUUGAAAUGCAACCAGUGACAGAUACAUCUGCAGUUGAAUUAGAUCAACAAGUACAAUUAACUAGAGGACCCAGUACGUCGACUCGUCGACUGAUGCGUCAGUCUAGUGUAAUGGACACCCAGAGAGACUCUGACGGUUCUAUUAAAAUGACAUACUGGUUUUAAUGUUGAUAAGCCAAAAAAUAAACAUUCACGAGAAAUGGAAAUUUUAUGUUUUCUUUUAAUUUUGGAAAUACUUUCUUGUUUUUUUUUCUUUUUUCUUAAUUAAUUAAUUAAGUAUUGAUAUCUGAUAUACGUUGAUACUGAAGAAUGAGAAAAUGUGUUGCGCAUGAUUAUGUGCGUGCGUUAAUCAA